AUGGAGCAAGAGGAAGUAGCAACCUGUGAGAAUGAAUGUGAGAAUGAAGGCUCGCAGUUGGUGUUCAGGAUAGAACGAGAGGUCUAUGAUGAAUCUUUCAUUCGGACACAGCUUCUCCACCACAAAGAAAAUUCCACCACCCUGAGACAAAGGCUGGCAGAGAAGUUCCAAUGUUCAUCAAAGAGGGCCAAGGCUGUAGCUCUGAGUGUGCUGCCAAUCCUAACAUGGCUUCCAUCGUACCCGGUCAAGCAGUACCUCUUUUCAGAUGUGGUCUCGGGGCUCAGCACAGGAGUUGUUCAGCUUCCCCAAGGACUAGCUUAUGCUAUGCUUGCUGCUGUUCCUCCAGUUUAUGGUCUGUACUCCUCAUUCUACCCAGUCCUACUGUACACCUUCUUCGGCACGUCCAGACACAUCUCAGUAGGCACCUUUGCUGUGAUAAGUCUGAUGAUCGGUGGUGUUGCAGUGAGGGAGGCCCCAGACUCCAUGUUCCCAUCCAUUGGCAAUGGCUCCAAUGUCUCUGUCGGGGUGGACGAGGUGGCCCGUGACGCCAGGAGGGUCCAGGUGGCCGUGGUACUCACCACCAUGGUGGGAAUCAUCCAGAUUGUUUUCGGUCUUCUCAGGUUUGGCUUCGUGGCAAUCUACCUAACAGAGCCUCUGGUUCGUGGCUUUACGACGGCAGCAGCCGUGCACGUGGUCGUCUCCCAGCUCAAGUACUUACUUGGGGUGAAAACACAGCGCUUCUCUGGGCCCUUGUCUGCUAUUUAUAGUGUGAAAGCGGUAUUCGGUGAGAUCACCAGCACAAAUUUAACCACUUUCCUCCUUGGCUUGGCGGGCCUUGUGUUUCUGUAUGGGGUCAAAGUCAUCAACGAGCGCUACAAGAAGAAGCUGCCAAUUCCCAUUCCUGGAGAGAUCAUUGUGGUUAUCGUGUCAACUGGCGUCUCUUAUGGUUUGUCUUUAUCAGAUGACUAUAAAGUGGACGUGGUUGGGAAGAUUCCAACAGGGCUUAGCCCACCUGCUGUCCCAGAGUUCUCCCUGUUACCCAGUUUGAUCACCGACUCGUUUGCCGUCGCCAUUGUGGGAUUCUCAAUGGGCAUCUCUCUUGCUAAGACCUUUGCCCUUAAACACGGCUACAGUGUGGAAGGCAACCAGGAGCUGAUCGCUCUUGGCCUGUGCAACUUCAUCAGCUCUUUCUUCCAGACGUUUGCCAUCACUUGCUCCAUGUCGAGGAGCCUGGUGCAGGAGAGCACCGGGGGGAAAACGCAGAUCGCCGGGCUGCUGGCGUCACUCGUGGUGCUGCUGGUGGUGGUGGCCAUUGGCUUCGUCUUCCAGCCGCUCCCCCAGACCGCACUGGCAGCCAUCAUCAUGGUCAACCUGCUGGGGAUGUUCAAGCAGUUCAGAGACAUUCCCAGCCUGUGGAGAAUCAGCAAGAUCGAGUUGGCCAUCUGGCUGGUAGCCUUUAUAGCCUCUGUGCUGUUGGGUCUAGAUUACGGCCUCCUUGUAGCUAUUGCCUUUGCCUUGCUAACCGUCAUCUACAGGACCCAAAGCCCUAAAAAUUCCCUUCUGGGCCACAUUCCCAACACAGGCUUGUACUACGAUGUGGAUGAGUACGAAGAGGCAUCAGAAUAUGAGGGGAUCAAGAUUUUCCACUCUAAUUCCUCGAUUUACUUUGCUAACAGUGAUCUUUAUGUGAGCUCCCUCAAGGAAAAGACGGGGGUUAACCCUGACCAGUUGCAAGCAGUCCGGAAAGCCCAGAAAAAGCAGAAGCAGAAGGCAAACAGUAACCAAAACUCUCCAAUGAAGGUUUGUGCCAAGUACAAAGACGAGGCUGUGACCCAUGAGGUUUUGCCUCAGGACCAUGACGUAAACGAGCAGAGGAACGGACAAUUGGAAGACAAACACCGGGAGGCAAACUCUGAGGAGGCUGUGUUCCUGGAACCUCUGGGCACCGUGCACUCCAUAAUUCUGGACUGGACGACAGCCAGCUUCAUCGACUCUGUGGGAGCCAAAGCCAUCAAACAGGUUAUUAGAGAAUAUGCUGCCGUGGAUGUUCGGGUGGUCAUAGCUGGCUGCAACAGGAGCCUACUAACCACACUUGACACCUUAUUAUUCUUCACCGGGGAUGUGACCACAGACAUGGUUUUCCCCACAGUCCACGACGCAGUGCUGCACUGCCAACACAAAUUACAGCCAUCCACUUCUCCCCCCAAUGAAGUGACCUGA